CACUCACUAAGGGCUCAGUCGAGUUGAGAGUCCGGCGCGUGAGCUGUGUCCUUUAACGGCAAGAAAAAAAACAAAGUUGGACGAAAUUACUUAAUUAUAAAGAAGGACAUCCUUGUAGGAACACAUGGAAAGGAGCGUCUUUGAGGCCGAGAGGAAUCGGGACGAGUGAGAGAUCAAUCCUGAGGAGCGCUGAGGAAUUUCAUUCAAACUAAAAAACCAAGACAAAACAUUUGUUAAAUCUACAAAUCCAGAAAUCUUUCGGAUCUCGGCGCGUGUCACUUUUUCUGACGUCUCCCUGCGCAUGCAAAUGGCGUGUUGUCUGAAGGACGAGCUCCUGUGUUCCAUCUGCCUGAGCAUUUAUCAAGACCCGGUGAGUUUCGGCUGCGAGCACUACUUCUGCCGUAAGUGCAUCACGGAGCACUGGAGCAGGCAGGAGCACCACGGCACGCGCGACUGCCCCGAGUGCAGGAGGACCUUCACUGACCCGCUGCUCUCGCCCAGCCUCAAGCUCUCCAACAUCGUGGAGAGGUACUCGGCCUUCCCGCUCGACGCCAUCCUCAACGCCCAGAGGAACACAUACCCCUGCAAGGACCACGAGAAGGUCAAGCUGUUCUGCCUCAACGACAAGAGCCUGGUGUGCUUCUUCUGCGACGAGCCCGCUUUACACGAGCAGCACCAGGUCACCACCAUCGAUGAGGCUUAUGAGGAAAUCCAGAGGGAGAUGAAAGAACAGCUGACCGCUCUGCAGGACAGCGAGAGAGGACACACGGAGGCUUUACAGCUGCUGCAGAGACAGCUCACAGAGACCAAGUCUUCAGCUAAAAGCCUGCGAGCUACGAUCGGCGAGGCGUUUGAUCGUCUGCAGCGCUUCCUGCGCGAGAGGCAGAAGAGCAUGCUGGAAGAACUGGAAGCCGACACGGCUCGCACCCUGUCCGACAUCGAGCACAAGAUCCAGCGCUACAGCCAGCAGCUCCGCGAUGUCAAGGAGGGCAUCCAGAUCCUGCAGGAUAAGCUGAGCGAAACCGGACGCCACGAGUUUCUGGAAGGGGUGGCCCUCACCGCCGAAAGAGAGCAAGUGAUUCGUGGAAGGUAUUGCUGGUGGAAGAUACCAAGAAUAAAAGGCAAAAUACACGAAACCAACCUCACCUACGAAGACUUUCCCACAUCUAAAUACAUGGGUCCGUUACAGUACACGAUCUGGAAGUCUCUGUUCCAGGAUAUCAAUCCAGUGCCUGCUGCUUUGACUCUGGAUCCGUUGACCGCGCACCAGAGGCUGAUCCUGUCUGACGACUGCACCAUAGUGGCGUACGGGAACCUGCACCCGCAGCCCCUGCAGGACUCGCCGCGCCGAUUCGACGUAGAGGUGUCGGUGCUGGGGGCCGAGGGCUUCUGCUCAGGGGUGCACUACUGGGAGGUGAUGGUGUCCGAGAAGACCCAGUGGAUGAUCGGCGUGGCCAACGAGACGGUCAGCCGCAAGGGCAGCAUCCAGAUCAGCCCGAGCCGUGGCUUCUACUGCAUCGUCAUGCACGACGGCAACCAGUACAGCGCCUGCACCGAGCCCUGGACCCGCCUCAAUGUCAAGAGCAAGCUGGAGAAAGUGGGCGUGUACCUAGACUACCCCAAAGGCCUGCUAGUCUUCUACAAUGCCGACGACAUGUCCUGGCUCUACACGUACCGAGAGAAGUUCCCCGGCAAGCUGUUCCCGUACUUCAGCCCCGGUCAGAGUCACGCCAACGGGAAGAACGUGCAGCCGUUACGGAUCAACACCGUGCGACUAUAGGCUGCCCUUCCAAUUCAACCUUCAGUCUUCAAGAGACCAGUAGUGUUUUGUUUUUGUUGUUUUUGGUGCUCCGUUUUUAAGUUCUGGCUCAGAACUCCAGACACGCUUUAUAGCACCGUGACCUCUCGAAUAUUUUUCAAUUCCAGCUUUCGACAGUGCCGUGCAUCGGGAGCGGUGGCAGAAAUUCUUCUACAUUUCUGAUGCGACAUUUCCUCUGCUGGCUUUUUGUACAUUCAGUGUUUCUGGUCAUUUGUAAUCGUGCCGUGGCCCUCUCGCUCUCCCAGCUGCUUCACACACACACACACACACAUACACACACAAUGCUCCAACUCAUAUCCUGUCAGCCUCCAGAGGCCAAGUGCUCACUCUCAGCCCUCUUCUUUUCAGAGAGGGAGAGAUAGAGAGAUAGAGAGAGAGAGAGAGAGAGAGAGAGAGAAAGCACUGUUGUAUUUCAGCUCGAAAUGUGAAGAUGUGUCACUUUUUAUUCAUUGUGCAAUCAUUUUUGGCAUGUUCUAUGGAAUGUCCAGGACGCUAUACCACUAUUCUUUUCUCUUAUUCAUUUCCCUGUGAUUAAUGAGAUAAGAUUGUGUGUGUGUGUGUGUGUGUGUUUAAGGAUUUUAUUCUCUACCGUUCACCGCUGUGAUGAGGUAAUGAGAACGGCACGUCGUCUUCUGCCGCUCAGGUGACCUUUAUCCGCGGCCGCGGUCUUCACAGUCGGCCACCGGUAAUUGCGGUGUGUCCGGGUGCGCGGGCGUGUGUGCGAGUUUGAGGCGAGUCUGACCCUGACACUUGUGUUUUAUGUCCAGUUUUAGAUUCAGGACACAGCAGGAAGAAUAAACUGGCAUCACCUGAGCAUUAUGUUAAGAAUUAAAGACAUCAGAGUUACUGCUAUCACUCAGAGUAAAAUAUUUUGGUAUAACUGCACACACUGAGGUGUUUUAUUUCUCUUGUACCACAGCCAGCGAUGAUAAUUCAAAACCAUUCAAUCCGUUCAUAGUUACGUUGUGAAAUAUUCGUUAUAGCAGCUCUAAACAGUUCACUUCACCAGCGUCUCGUUUUUGUUUUCUUUUCAAGUUGAUGAGGCAAAAAAGAAAAAAAAACACCCCAGCUCGUAAUGUUACAGAAAACAACAAAAACAUAUUUCCUGUUUUCUCAAGACUUUAAUGUGGAGUGCAUUUUAAAAAUUCACAUAAAUUUUUUUUAUUUGAUAUUGCUAUAUCACAGGUUAUUAGUCUUGAGCUGUUGCCAUAGAAACCAAUAGCCAAUCAAAACGGAUGAUUCAACAAGGCUGUGGUAUUAAAACAUCGAUCGAGCGACUGUUCGCUCUUCUUUUCCCCUUCACGUCUUUUAAAACCGUUCAUUUCUUACAUUCCUUUAUUCCCAGUCACGCUGUCGUUCCUCUGGACGUCUCACUGGGACGGUCAGUGUGUUAAAACAAGCAAGGGCUGUGACUGCGUCGGGCCAUCUGUCACCUCCAGCACGUUUACGAGGCAGAAAUGGUGCGAGGCAGUCACUUGAUUUCCAUUGAUAUCCAUUCCAUGUAUAUUUUUAAAAACUUAAAAAUGCAAGGGCCAAACGUUUUUAUUUCUGUUCUUCAUGUAAAUAGAUAAUGAUGUUGGUUUUUUUCCUGUUGUGGUGUGUUCAGUGGGGGCAGAGAUGAUGGUCUUACAUGAAAGCACGGCACAAUUAUUUGAUUUAUUUAUUUUUUUAUUUUAAAGAACACUACCCCUGUUUGUGAACGCACUUUGUUCUUGGUUCCUUUGUCCUGAAUGGUUCCCCACCCCCCACCCCCACCCUGCUACAGCAGUGUAAACACGGCCAUAUUCUCCACGGCCUUGUUAUAAACCCUGCCUUCUUUUGUGCUAAUGCUUCAGGGAGUCUUUACAAUUUCUUUCUAUUUUAUUUUCCCUUUGUUCCCACGUCAGCAAUAUAACCACUUCCAAGUAAGAAAGUAAACAUGCACUGGACAAACAAUAAACGUAAAAGAAGAGUUGAUGAUCGUCUGACGUUAAAAAUGAAGCUCUCCCUUGCAAAACAUGAAACUUAGAAAUUUAUAGAAAAUUCAGUGUAAAUAUUAGCUUCCUAAUAAAAAAGGAGUCUCUUGAGUGAGAUCUAAUUCGUGGUUAAAACUCUUCCACUGGUCUUACAGUUUAUCCAGAGAUACAGUGAAGUGGGAACAGCCCGAGGGUUGGGUUGGUAUUCUCCAACAAUAAACACUGAUUCACUGAAAGGGAAAUCCCCCCCCCACAAAAAAAAAAAUUUUCUAGUGAUGUUUGCACCUCUGCUUUGAGCUUGAAGUAAAUGUCUCAUGUAUUUGAGGUCAGCAAAGCACAAAACUCACAAAUAGAUUAACUAUUAGCUCCACAGGAAAAAAAAUGAAUUUGUUUCCCUAAAAAAGAGGAAGAGCCUCACAUGUUAAAAUUCUGAGACUUUUAUUGUCCGUGUCACUUGGGUUUUUUUUAAUUUAUUAUCUGAAGGCUCCAGGAUGCACCCUGCACAUAUUUCAGUAUAAAGUUAUUUCGGCUCUUAUAGACACGGUGCCUUUUUUAGAUGGCUGAGUUAUUAACACGCGCACCACUAACUCAUCUGAUCAUUAAUUCACUGCCCACUUCAUUUGUCCAGAAACAAAAUCCCUGAAUUUCUUCUUACGCUUUAAAGAAACGAAAUCCAUAUACACUGAUCAGGCAUAACAUUAUGACCACCUGUCCAAUGUUGUGUUGGCCCUGACCCAUUGAGGCAUGGACUCCACUAGAUCCCUGAAGGUGUGGUGUGGGAUCUGGCACCAAGAUUUUAGCAGCAGAUCCUUAAAGUCCUGUAAGUUGUGAGGUGGGACCUCCAUGGGACUUAAAGGAUACUUUUGAUAGAUACUGACCACUGCAGACCGGGAACACCCCACAAGAGCUGCAGUUUUGGAGAUGCUCUGAUCCAGUGGUCUAGCCAUCACAAUUUGGCCCUUAAGGUCAAACUCACUCAAAUCCUUACGCUUGUCCAUUUUUCCUGCUUCUAACAUCAACUUUGAGGACAAAAUGUUGACUUGCUGCCUAAUAUAUCCCACCCACUAACAGGUGCCAUGAUGAGGAGAUACUCAGUCUUAUUCACGUCACUGGUCAGUGAUCAUAAUGUUAUGGCUGAUCGGUGUACACUGACGGAUGCAUCGUUGUUAACCAUAAUGAUCUGAGUGACGUUUGAAGGGGCGGGACUUUUUUGGAAGGGUUUUGUUUCCCAGGAUUUGAUUGGCUUGUGAAAAGUGUUCUUUCCAAAACAAGCACACGAUUGAAGGAUUGAGGAUAAUAGAGAAUCUGCCCAUUCACAUAAGUAUUGGCACCCUAGCGUUAACUCAAAUUCUAGACUGGGGGGAGGGGCUCGAUAAGGAUUGGUGUGGUUUUUUUUUUUGUUUGUUUUUUUGUCUUGUUCACAAUUCUAGCAUAACGUUGCUGCACAUUAGGUGAAAGUUCAAUGUCCACAAAAAGAUUUGUACAAAUCACAGACGGAUUGCUGACCACAAACAUGAGCCAAGAGGAUAAAACUGAUGUAAAUGCGUGUCUUUGACACUAACGAGCAUUAAUUACUGGCACUGUGAGUGCUGAUGGAGACCAAACUGAAUUGUUUUACCGCCGCUUUAUUUUCUUUUUAUUCUUCAUUCCAUGUAUUAAUCUUGUAUCUCUGCACACUUGGGUUAUUUAUAUUUGUGUGUGUGUGUGUCAUAUUUUGCUCUAUUUGUAUUUAAAGGUUUUUGGAAGCGCUGAGCAUUAUGGGAUGUGCAGGCGUGUGUACAGUGCAGUAUCUCGGAUGGUUUUUGGGGAAGUGUGUGUGUGUGUGUGUGUGUGUGUGUGUAUCAAUUCAUUUAAACAAUGUUUACUCUGAUGAUUAUAACGGUGAUGAGCGUGAUGACCGUGUGUCCGGAUGACUGACGCUUUGCACCCGUCGUUGUGUAAACACACUGUGGUGUGCUCUCGCUGCUGGACCUUCAUGAAAAAAUGUUUUACUGUACGAAUAAAGACCGGUCAAACCA